AUGGCUGGCCGUGGGGUUGUCUGCCCUGCCGGCUCGUUGCGUCCGGAGUGGCGAGAGAGGGCCUUCUCCUUCAGUUGGUCUGGGCAGUGGGCACCCGCGAGCCCCCCGGGAGAGCCCCCGCAGCAGCGCACCACUGGCCUUUGGCGGCCCAGUGGCAGCGUGGGGCAGCUCCGGGCCAACACAGCCCCAGCCCGCCUGCGGAAGGGAGCGCCUGCCGUCUGCAGGGGAGGCUGGAGCAGUGAGACCUGGCUGGACAUCCUCCUGCUGCUCUCAGUCACAGUGACAACCAGGAAGAAGAGGAGGCUGGUGGGAGCGGCUGCAGUCCUGGCUCCCAAGCCCAGGGGCCUCGUGGCCAAUACUGUGAAAACCUCACCGAGCAUUUUGCAACACAGGACGGGAGCCCAGCAGUGCACCGAUCUGGCUGUGAGAAAUCAGUUCUUCCCUGGCGCAAGAGCAAAGCCUCAGGGAAAACAAUGGAGAACAAUGCCUCAGGGAGCACCCGCUCCAUCUCACUUUCGGAAACUGGAGUGUGCCCCUAGUGGCCGCGCAUCAUGUGUGUGUGUGCGCCCCGCAAGAAGGGUGGCCCUCGAGGGCGCUGAGGCAGGGGGGCGAUGCGCGCGGAGCUUGGCCAGCGGGGCCUCCUUGCAGUUCCCUGCGCGCUCCAGGCAGCGUGUUGCGCUGGAGACUUCUCGGCCGCCUCGUCCCGCACUUCUGGCUCGCCCCGUGUCAGCUGCCUGAUGCUGGAAGUGGCAGGGCACGAGCGUCAACGAGGGCCUGGCCUUGCAGUUCAAACGGCACCCCUGGCAUCCGGCUUGGGGGCUCGCUGGUGUUU